GCCCUACCUAGGGAUCCCCUGUGGGUCCUACUCAGAGAGGUCGUGUGGCUUCUGGAGAGUUAUGGAAUCCGAACCGCAGGAGCUAGAGUCAGGCUUGGAGCAGCGCUCCGCUGGGGGUAUAGGAUCAGGAGAAGCGACGAGCUUAAGUGAGAGGGAUCUAGGCUACGCCGGGCGCUGAGUCCUGGUCCAGUCCCAGGCCAUCGCGGCCGCCGCCCUGUCCGCGGUUCACCAGUCAGGUGUAAAGUGCCGUGUCAUUGGGGAUGCUGGUGGCCGGAGCAUUGAAUUACAGCUCUGUGGAGCCGACGUAGGGCUGCGGGGCUGGACAAUGAAUAGAAGCCCCUGCUCUCGCAACGCCCGCAGACUAGCGUUGAGCGCAGCCGGGGGCGGGGACCGCGCCUAGCCCACUGGAGAGGCUUGGGUUGGCCUGUUCCCCUUUAAGAGCAGCUGCUCUGAUCCAGGAUCCAGAGAUCCUGAGGUAGCCUCGCUCCGCCGGCCCUCUCCAGGGAGGGCACCCGCGAGCAGCGCCUCGGUCCGGCCCGACCGGUCCUUCCCAGCCCUCUUCGCUCCCGGGGCGCACGGGACAUUAGACGCGCCAGGCAUGCUGAGGGUCUUCAUCCUCUACGCCGAGAACGUCCACACCCCGGACACCGACAUCAGCGAUGCCUACUGCUCCGCGGUGUUUGCAGGGGUGAAGAAGAGAACCAAAGUCAUCAAGAACAAUGUGAACCCCGUGUGGAAUGAGGGCUUUGAGUGGGACCUCAAGGGCACCCCCCUGGACCAGAGCUCUGAGCUUCAUGUGGUGGUCAAAGACCAUGAGACCAUGGGAAGGAACAGGUUCCUGGGGGAAGCCAAGGUCCCACUCCGGGAGGUCCUUGCCACUCCCAGCCUGUCUGCCAGCUUCAAUGCCCCCCUGCUGGACACCAAGCAGCAACCCACUGGGGCCUCGCUGGUCCUGCAGGUGUCCUACAUGCCGCUCCCUGGAGCUGUGCCCCUGUUCCCACCCCCUGUUCCCUUGGAACCAUCCCCGACACUGCCUGACCUGGACGUGGUGGCUGGUGGGGGACAGAGCCGGGCCGAGACUUGGUCCCUGCUCAGUGACAGCACCAUGGACACAAGAUAUUCUGGAAAGAAGUGGCUGGUCCCCACGGACACAGGAGGGGAGGAGGACACAGAGGACCAGGGGCUCACAGGAGAUGAAGCAGAACCAUUCCUGGAUCAGAGUGGCACUCCAGGCCCCGGGGGCCCCACCACCCCCAGGAAGCUGCCUUCCCAUCCUCCCCCCUACCACCCGGGGAGCAAAAGAAAGAGAAGUGCACCUCCAUCCAGAAAGCCCCUGUCGGACAAGCAGCAGGACUUCCAGAUCAGAGUCCAGGUGAUCGAGGGGCGCCAGCUGCCGGGGGUGAACAUCAGACCCGUGGUCAAGGUCACGGCUGCCGGGCAGACCAAGAGGACUCGGAUCCACAAGGGAAACAGCCCUUUCUUCAACGAGACUCUUUUCUUCAACGUGUUUGACUCUCCCCUGGAGCUGUUUGAUGAGCCCAUCUUUAUCACAGUGGUAGACUCCUGUUCUCUCCGGACAGAUGCGCUCAUUGGGGAGUUCCGGAUGGACGUGGGCACCAUUUACAGAGAGCCCCGUCACGCCUAUCUCAGGAAGUGGCUGCUCCUCUCGGACCCUGACGAUUUCUCUGCUGGGGCCAGAGGCUACCUGAAAGCCAGCCUUUGUGUGCUGGGGCCUGGAGAUGAAGCUCCUCUGGAGAGAAAAGACCCCUCUGAAGACAAGGAGGACAUUGAAGGCAAUCUGCUCAGGCCGACUGGGGUGGCCCUUCGAGGAGCCCACUUCUGCCUGAAGGUCUUCAGAGCCGAGGACUUGCCUCAGAUGGAUGAUGCUGUGAUGGACAACGUGAAGCAGAUCUUUGGCUUUGACAGUAACAAGAAGAACUUGGUGGACCCCUUUGUGGAAGUCAGCUUUGCAGGGAAAAUGCUCUGCAGCAAGAUCCUGGAGAAGACGGCCAACCCCCAGUGGAACCAGCACGUCACGGUGCCCGCCAUGUUUCCCUCCAUGUGUGAAAAAAUGAGGAUCCGCGUGGUGGACUGGGAUCGCCUUACUCACAAUGAUAUCGUGGCCACCACCUACCUGAGUAUGUCGAAAAUCUCUGCCCCUGGAGGAGAGAUAGAAGAGGAGCCUGCAGGUGUGGUCAAGCCUCCGCGAGCCACAGACCUGGAUGACAAUCUGGGCUUCCUCCCCACCUUCGGGCCCUGCUAUGUGAACCUCUAUGGGAGCCCCAGGGAGUUCACAGGCUUCCCGGACCCAUAUGCAGAGCUCAACAUGGGCAAGGGGGAGGGCGUGGCCUACCGAGGCCGGCUUCUGGUGUCCCUGGAGACCAGGCUGGUAGAGCAGCACAGUGAGCAGAAGGUGGAGGACCUCCCCGCGGACGACAUCCUCCGGGUGGAGAAGUACCUCCGGAGGCGCAAGUACUCCCUCUUUGCCGCCUUCUACUCGGCUUCCAUGCUGCAGGACGUGGACGAUGCCAUCCAGUUUGAGGUCAGCAUCGGGAACUACGGGAACAAGUUCGACAACACCUGCCUGCCGCUGGCUUCCACCACCCAGUACAGCCGGGCGGUCUUUGACGGGUGCCACUACUACUACUUACCCUGGGGCAACGUGAAGCCUGUGGUGGUGCUGUCAUCCUACUGGGAGGACAUUAGUCACAGAGUGGAGACUCAGAACCAGCUGCUCAGGAUUGCUGACCGACUGGAAGCUGGCCUGGAGCAGGUCCACCUGGCCCUGAAGGCCCAGUGUUCCACUGAGGACAUGGACUCCCUGGUGACUCAGCUGAUGGAUGAGCUCAUUGCAGACUGCAGCCAGCCCCUGAGUGAUGUCCAUGAGAUACCUUCUGCCACCCACCUGGACCAGUACCUGUUCCGACUGCGUACCCGCCACCUGAGCCAAAUCACUGAGGCUGCACUGGCCCUGAAGCUUGGACAAAUUGAGCUCUCCGCUGCCCUGGAGCAGGCUGAGGACUGGCUCCUGCGUCUCCGCGUCCUGGCAGAGGAGCCCCAGAACAGCUUGCCGGACAUCAUCAUCUGGAUGCUGCAGGGAGACAAGCGUGUAGCCUACCAGCGGGUGCCGGCUCAUGAAGUCCUCUUUUCCCGACGCGGGGCCAGCUACUGUGGCAAGAAUUGUGGGAAGCUGCAGACCAUUUUUCUGAAAUAUCCCAUGGAGAAGGUACCUGGGGCCCGGAUGCCUGUGCAGAUACGAGUCAAGCUCUGGUUCGGGCUUUCUGUGGAUGAGAAGGAGUUCAACCAGUUUGCCGAGGGCAAGCUGUCUGUCUUUGCUGAAACUUAUGAGAACCAGACCAAGCUGGCCCUGGUGGGGAACUGGGGCACCACGGGCCUCACCUACCCCAAGUUUUCUGAUGUCAGGGGCAAGAUCAAGUUACCCAAAGACAGCUUCCGCCCCUCUGCUGGCUGGGCCUGGGCUGGAGAUUGGUUCGUGUGUCCAGAAAAGACCUUGCUCCAUGAUGCUGAUGCUGGUCACCUGAGCUUCGUGGAGGAGGUGUUUGAGAACCAGACCCGGCUACCCGGGGGCCAGUGGAUCUACAUGAGUGACAACUACACUGAUGUGAAUGGAGAGAAGGUGCUUCCGAAGGAUGACAUUGAGUGCCCACUGGGGUGGAAGUGGGAAGAUGAGGAAUGGUCCACGGACCUCAACCGGGCUGUCGAUGAACAAGGCUGGGAGUACAGCAUCACUAUCCCUCCGGAUCGAAAGCCGAGGCACUGGGUCCCUGCCGAGAAGAUGUACUACACGCACCGACGGCGGCGCUGGGUCCGCCUGCGCAGGAGGGACCUCAGCCAGAUGGAAGCACUGAACAGGCACAGGCAGGCAGAGGCGGAGGGCGAGGGCUGGGAGUAUGCCUCUCUCUUUGGCUGGAAGUUCCACCUUGAGUAUCGCAAGACGGAUGCCUUUCGCCGCCGACGGUGGCGCCGCCGCAUGGAGCCACUGGAGAAGACGGGGCCUGCGGCUGUGUUUGCCCUCGAAGGGGCUCUGGGUGGUGUAGUGGAUGAUAGGAGCGACGAUUCCGUGUCCGUCUCUACCUUGAGCUUCGGUGUGAACAGACCCACCAUCUCCUGCAUCUUUGACUAUGGGAAUCGCUACCACCUACGCUGCUACAUGUACCAGGCCCGGGACCUGCCAGCGAUGGACAAGGACUCUUUUUCUGAUCCCUAUGCGAUCGUCUCCUUCCUGCACCAGAGUCAGAAGACAGUGGUCGUAAAGAACACCCUGAACCCCACCUGGGACCAGACCCUUAUCUUCUACGAGAUUGAGAUCUUCGGUGAGCCGGCCAGCAUUGCUGAGCAGCCGCCCAGCAUCGUGGUGGAGCUCUAUGACCACGACACCUAUGGUGCAGAUGAGUUCAUGGGUCGCUGCAUAUGUCAACCCAGCCUGGAAAGGAUGCCCCGGCUGGCCUGGUUCCCACUGAUGAGGGGCAGCCAGCCGGCAGGGGAGCUGCUGGCAUCUUUUGAGCUCAUCCAGAGAGAGAAGCCGGCCAUCUACCAUAUUCCUGGCUUUGAGGUGCAGGAUACAUCAAGGAUCCUGGACGAGCUGUGCGCUCCUGCCUUCUUCCUCCAGGGCCUGCUGCACACGUCCGAGGACACAGACUUGCCCUACCCGCCACCCCAGAGGGAGGCCAACAUCUACGUGGUUCCCCAGAACAUCAAGCCACUCCUCCAGCGCACAGCCAUUGAGAUCCUGGCCUGGGGUCUGCGGAACAUGAAGAGCUACCAGCUGGCCAGUGUGUCCUCCCCCAGCCUCGUGGUGGAGUGCGGGGGCCAGGCGGUGCAGUCCUGUGUCAUCCGGAACCUCCGGAAGAACCCCAAUUUUGAUGUUUGCACCCUCUUCAUGGAAGUGAUGCUGCCCAGGGAGGAACUCUACUGUCCCCCCAUCGUGGUGAAGGUCAUUGAUAACCGCCAGUUUGGUCGCCGGCCUGUGGUGGGCCAGUGCACCAUCCGUUCCCUGGAGAGCUUCCUGUGUGACCCCUACUCACCCGAGAGUCCGUCCCCACAGGGCGGCCCAGAUGACGUGAGCUUACUCAGUCCUGGAGAAGAUGUGCUCAUUGACAUCGAUGACAAGGAACCCCUCAUCCCCGUCCAGCUUUCGGAUGGUCUGUCAAGCUGGGCCGCCACUAACACGGUGUCCUCUCCUUCCGGCCCUCAUCAGAAGAUUUUCCUGGAAGAGGAGUUCAUCGACUGGUGGAGCAAAUUCUUUGCCUCAAUAGGGGAGAACGAAAAGUGUGGCUCCUAUUUGGAGAAGGAUUUUGACACUCUAAAGGUCUAUGACACAUCACUGGAGAAUGUGGAGGCUUUCGAAGGCCUGUCCGACUUUUGUAACACCUUCAAGCUCUACCGGGGCAAGACUCAGGAGGAGACAGAAGAUCCAUCUGUCAUUGGGGAAUUUAAGGGCCUCUUCAAAAUUUAUCCCCUCCCAGAAGAUCCAGCCAUCCCCAUGCCCCCAAGACAGUUCCACCAGCUGGCUGCCCAGGGGCCCCAGGAGUGCUUGGUCCGCAUUUACAUUGUCCGAGCAUUUGGCCUGCAGCCCAAGGACCCCAAUGGGAAGUGUGAUCCUUACAUCAAGAUCUCCAUCGGGAAGAAAUCUGUGAGUGACCAGGAUAACUACAUCCCCUGCACUCUGGAGCCUGUAUUUGGAAAGAUGUUUGAGCUGACCUGCACUUUGCCUCUGGAGAAGGACCUGAAGAUCACCGUCUACGACUAUGACCUCCUCUCCAAGGAUGAGAAGAUUGGGGAGACAGUCAUUGACCUGGAGAACAGGCUGCUGUCCAAGUUUGGGGCCCGCUGUGGACUCCCGCAGACCUACUGUGUCUCUGGACCGAACCAAUGGAGGGACCAGCUCCGCCCCUCCCAGCUCCUCCACCUCUUCUGCCAGCAGCACAGGGUCAAGGCCCCUGUGUACCGGACGGACUCUGUGACCUUUCAGGAUAAAGAAUAUACCAUUGAGGAGAUCGAGGCUGGCAGGAUCCCAAACCCACACCUGGGCCCCGUAGAGGAGCGCCUGGCUUUGCACCUUCUUCAGCAGCAGGGCCUGGUCCCCGAGCACGUGGAGUCACGGCCCCUCUACAGCCCUCUGCAGCCAGACAUUGAACAGGGGAAGCUGCAGAUGUGGAUUGACCUGUUUCCCAAGGCCUUGGGACGGCCUGGACCUCCCUUCAACAUCACCCCACGGAAAGCCAGAAGGUUUUUCCUGCGUUGUAUUGUCUGGAACACCAAAGACGUGAUCCUGGACGACCUCAGCGUCACAGGGGAGAAGAUGAGCGACAUUUAUGUGAAAGGCUGGAUGGUCGGCUUUGAAGACCACAGACAGAAGACAGACGUGCACUACCGCUCCCUGGGCGGCGAGGGCAACUUCAACUGGAGGUUUAUUUUCCCCUUUGACUACCUUCCUGCCGAGCAAGUCUGCUCUGUCUCCAAGAAGGAUGCCUUCUGGAGGCUGGACAAGACAGAGAGCAAAAUCCCAGCAAGAGUGGUAUUCCAGAUCUGGGACAACGACAAGUUCUCCUUUGAUGACUUUCUGGGCUCCCUGCAGCUGGAUCUCAACCACAUGCCCAAGCCAGCCAAGACGGCUGAGAAGUGCUCCCUGGACCAGCUGGACGACACCUUCCACCCGGAAUUGUUUGUGUCCCUUUUUGAGCAGAAGACAGUGAAGGGCUGGUGGCCCUGUGUAGCAGAGGAGGGUGAGAAGAAGAUUCUCACGGGCAAGCUGGAAAUGACCUUGGAGAUCGUGUCAGAGAGUGAGCAUGAGGAGCGGCCUGCUGGCCAGGGACGGGACGAACCCAACAUGAACCCAAAGCUCGAGGAUCCAAAGCGCCCUGACACCUCUUUCCUGUGGUUCACCUCCCCGUACAAGACUGUGAAGUUCAUCCUGUGGCGGCGCUUUCGAUGCGCCUUCAUCCUCUUCCUCAUCCUCUUCAUCCUGCUGCUGUUCCUGGGCAUUUUUGUCUACGCCUUCCCGAACUAUGCUGCCAUGAAGCUGGUGAAGCCCUUCAGCUGAGGACCCUCCUGUUCUGGAGAAGGGGGCGCGGGCUGCCCUCCCAGUCAGGGCUGGCCUGCCUCGUCCGCCCAGCUCAGCCGAGCUCCUGCAGACCUCCGCAGCCUGACCCUCCUGCCAGGUUGGGCGGAUAGCACCUGCUGCAAGAGUGACUGACGAACGUGUUGCUCUGGGAUCACCCACUUUCAUCAUCUCUUUCUCCCCCCAUCUGAUCCCCUUUUGGAUCAGCUCAUAUAAUUUCAGUAUAAAACAGACUGAACCACA